GCAGCGCUUCUCACGCAUGCGCAGUCAGCAGUCUCUGGUCAUUCCCUGCACUGUCUGCAGUCUCUGGUCAUUCCCUGCACUGUCUGCAGUCUCUGGUCAUUCCCUGCACUGUCUGCAGUCUCUGGUCAUUCAUCCUGCACUGUCUGCAGUCUCUGGUCAUUCCCUGCACUGUCUGCAGUCUCUGGUCAUUCCCUGCACUGUCUGCAGUCUCUGGUCAUCCCCUGCUCUGGUCUGUCUGCAGUCUCUGGUCAUUCCCUGUACCGUGUCCGCAGUCUCUGGUCAUCUCCUGUACUGUGUCCGCAGUCUCUGGUCAUCUCCUGUACCGUGUCCGCAGUCUCUGGUCAUCUCCUGUACCGUGUCCGCAGUCUCUGGUCAUCUCUUGUACUGUGUCCGCAGUCUCUGGUCAUCCCCUGCACUGUCUGCAGUCUCUGGUCAUCUCCUGUACUGUGUCUGCAGUCUCUGGUCAUUCCCUGCACUGUGUCCUGCAGUCUCUGGUCAUUCCCUGCACUAUGUCUGCAGUCUCUGGUCAUCUCCUGUACUGUGUCCGCAGUCUCUGGUCAUCUCCUGUACUGUGUCCGCAGUCUCUGGUCAUCUCCUGUACUGUGUCCGCAGUCUCUGGUCAUCUCCU